UGACACUUCCAAAAUAAAUGUCUUUUUUUUUUCCCUUUUUUUGCGUUUUCUUUUGGGUUGAAUUGUAAUACUAGUUAGUGUUAAGAGGGCCAUUUUUUGGGGCCAUUUCAGCAUCUUCUUCUUCUUUACUUUACUGUUGCGAAACUUCUUUUCAAAGGGAGAGAAGAGUUUUCAGUUUCACACCAAACAAAGAUAGAGGGUUUCAGUUUCAGAGCAAUAAUUGUGGGAUGGAGCUGAAAAAAGAAAAGCUUGUGAGGUUCUAUUCUGAUGCAAAGCAACAGAAGGGAUUUUCAUGGAGUGGAAGUACAGAGUCUUCCCGAAUAGAUAAGUCAACUUCUGGAUAUAGGUUUUCAUCAUCUUUGUUGAAUAACAAUAGCGGAGGUAAAAUCCGUGAAAGCUUUAGAUUUGGGCGGUCUAAGGCGUUCAGUGAGGACCAUGAACCUUUGCGAAAGCGAAUACUUGAUCCAGGCAGUGACAUUGUGCUAACAUGGAAUAGAAUUUUCAUUGUUUCUUGCCUGGUGGCAUUGUUCGUUGAUCCAUUGUAUUUUUACUUGCCUAGCAUAGAAGAAAAGCAGAAAAUAUUGUGCGUGAAGACGGAUUUGAAUCUGCGAAUUGUUGUAACCUUUUUCCGAACGAUUGCUGAUUUGUUCUACCUUUUACAUGUAAUUAUUAAGUUUAGGACAGCUUAUGUAGCACCAAGUUCAAGGGUUUUUGGUAGGGGUGAGCUUGUCAUGGAUCCCAAGAAGAUUGCACAAAGAUAUAUAAGAUCAGACUUCUUCAUUGAUCUUGUUGCGACACUUCCUCUCCCACAGAUUGUCAUUUGGUUCAUUAUACCAGCAACAAGAAGUCAGCAAGCUAAUCACAAGAACAAUGCCCUUACUUUGAUUGUCCUAUUCCAGUAUAUACCAAGGCUAUAUCUUAUUUUCCCAUUAAGUUCACAAAUUAUUAAAGCAACUGGAUUAGUCACAAAAACUGCUUGGGCUGGAGCUGCAUACAAUUUACUACUCUACAUGUUGGCCAGCCAUGUCCUAGGGGCAGCAUGGUAUGUACUAUCCGUUGAUAGAUACACGUCUUGCUGGAAAUCAAAAUGCAGAAAGGAAAAUAGUCCAGUUAAAUGUUUGCUUGGUUAUCUGGAUUGUGAUGCUCCUGAAUCCAAUGAUUUUAUCACUUGGGCAAGUAACACAAGUGUGUUCAGCAGUUGUGAUCCUAAUGGACAUACUGAUUUCAAGUAUGGAAUAUUUGAAAAAGCAGUAGAUAAAAAUGUUGUCUCCUCAAGUUUUGUUGAGAAGUAUUUCUACUGUUUGUGGUGGGGCUUGCAGAACUUAAGUUCUUAUGGCCAAAACUUGUCGACAAGUACGUUUAUUGGGGAGACAUUAUUUGCCAUACUUAUUGCCAUUUUGGGUCUGGUUUUAUUUGCACAUCUUAUUGGGAACAUGCAGACAUAUCUGCAGUCGUUGACAGUACGUCUUGAGGAAUGGAGACUCAAGCGAAGAGACACUGAAGAGUGGAUGAGACAUCGUCAACUCCCUGAAGAUCUUAGACAGCGUGUCAGACGAUUUGUUCAAUAUAAGUGGGUUGCAACUCGAGGAGUAGAUGAAGAAGCUACACUGCGUGGCUUACCUGCUGAUCUUCGUCGUGACAUCCAGCGCCACCUCUGCUUGGACCUUGUUCGGCGUGUCCCAUUCUUUUCCCAGAUGGAUGAUCAGUUGCUUGAUGCAAUAUGUGAACGUCUAGUCUCCUCCUUGAGCACCGAGGGUACUUACAUUGUACGGGAGGGUGACCCUGUGACAGAGAUGCUCUUCAUUAUCAGAGGGCGACUUGAGAGUUCAACUACAAAUGGGGGACGGACUGGUUUUUUCAAUACCAUUUCAUUGGGGCCUGGAGAUUUUUGUGGGGAGGAGCUACUUGCUUGGGCUUUACUUCCUAAGUCAACUAUCAACUUGCCCUCUUCAACUAGGACAGUUAGAGCACUUAUCGAAGUAGAGGCCUUUGCAUUGCGAGCUGAAGAUCUCAAGUUUGUUGCUAAUCAGUUUAGACGACUUCAUAGCAAGAAGUUACAGCAUACAUUCCGGUUCUACUCUCACCACUGGAGAAGAUGGGCUGCCUGCUUCAUACAGGCUGCUUGGAGACGACAUAAGAGGAGGAUGACGGCAAAAGAUCUUCUUGCAAUGGAAUCCUUUGCUCUAGAUGGAAGGACAGAAGAUGAAAAUGAGCACGAAGAGGAACAAGGUGAUUCGGCCGCCAAUUCAAACUCCACUCCAGCAAAAUCACACCUUGGAGUUACAAUAUUAGCCUCAAGAUUUGCUGCAAGCACAAGGAGAGGAGCUCAGAAGCUUAAAGGUGGAGGAUUGCCUAAAUUACAGAAACCCGAAGAACCUGACUUUUCGGCUGAGCUUGAAGAUUAGCGUGUCAUCAGCUGUUAGAUAUUUAUGCCAGCAAGAGUUUAUGCCGAAGGCAGACACAUACAGAUGUUUGCAUAAGAUGGAAAUAUCCCAGUUUGAGGUCCAUAAUCUGGUUUCCACCACCCUGGUGCAUAAGGACGUUUAAGUAUAGUGCUUCAAUGUGAUCGUUGGCUUUGUUGCUCAAACUGAUGUAAAAAUCUCAUUAGAAUAUUUUGGUGCAAAAUGGAGGAAUACUGAGCUGCCAUCGGUCUUGUAACUGCAUGCCUGACAUUGGUUUUUGCGUCUGGCAAGAAGUGUAGACUUAACAUGUAUGCAUUGUAUGAAAUUUAAGUGAUAAGUGAUAAUAGUUUACAUA